UGUCUUCUACCUUUAAGCGAGGACGUGAAAGUGCAAGUUGAGACAUUUUCAAUACUUCCAGUCAAGUGUACUUUAUAUUUCUUAUUUCUUUAAUUUGAAAUUACGUUAAAUUACGUCAUUGUUAUUGUAUUAAGAAGAAGGAAUCAUGACGGAAGCGACCGGAAAAGUAGUGCAAUGGUACCGCGGCAGAAACAUUUUCAUAACCGGUGGCACGGGAUUUAUGGGCAAAGUCCUUGUCGAAAAACUACUGUACUCAUGUGAAGAUAUCGGAAACUUAUAUAUUCUCAUGCGACCUAAACGAGGAAGGUCCGUGGAGCAACGCAUUGAUGAUAUUUGGAAACUACCCUGCUUUUCAAGACUUCGGGAAGGUAGCCCACACUUAAAAUCGAAAAUAAUCCCAAUCCACGGCGAUUUAGUCACUGAAAGCUUGGGCAUUUCUGAUGCUGAAAUGAAACUGCUUGUUGAGAACGUUUCGGUGGUGUUUCACUGUGGUGCCACUUUGAAGUUGGAAGCGACGCUGAAAGAUGCAAUCGAACAGAACACUGCUGGAACUCAAAGGGUGGUCGACGUCGUGAAACAAUUCAGUAAACUGGAUGUAUUUAUUCAUAUGAGCACGGCGUUUUGUUCUGCUGAUCUUGAAGUUUUUGAAGAACGAGUAUACGAAACUAAGGACGACCCACGGCACGUUAUUGACAUCACAAGAUAUUUAAGAAAUGAAAUAUUAAUUCCGAUAACCAAGAAACUGAUUGAACCACAUCCGAACACUUAUACUUAUAGUAAAAGAUUGGCGGAAGUUUUAGUCGCCAAUGAAGCUGAUAAUAUUAAUGUGGCCAUUGUACGUCCAUCAAUUGUAACGCCAUGUGGAAUUGAUCCUGUGCCUGGCUGGGUAGACACCCUCAAUGGACCAAUGGGAUUAAUCGCAGCUUCCGGGAAGGGAGUCCUGCGAUCCAUGCACUGCAAAGGCGAAUACAAUGCGCAUACUGUGCCAUGUGAUGUCGCUAUAAACGCUUUGAUUAUUAUCGCAUACAAAACCGGCUCUGAGAAAAGACGAGACGAAGUGCCUGUUUAUAAUCUCACAAAUGAUGGCGUCUUCCACAUUACAUGGGGCGAGAUACUCAAGUUCGGAAAAGAAGUAUACUAUAAAUAUCCUUUUGAGCAGAUGAUUUGGUAUCCGGAUGGUGACAUGCGGAGCUGCUACUUCGUGCAUUGGCUAUAUUGUAUUUUCACACAUUGGCUACCUGCCUACCUCAUCGAUAUGCUAAUGUUCAUAUUUCGACAAAAACGAUUUAUGGUACGCGUUCAACAGAAGAUCCAUGAUGGUUUAGAAUUACUACAGUUUUUCACCACCCGCAAUUGGAAGUUUUCAAGUGAGCGUUUUUUGAGCAUCCAUGAGGGUCUCGACGAGCGAGAAAAGAAGACAUUCCACAUUAAUUUUAAGAUAAUGUCAGUCAAGCAGUACUUAACGCAUUGCAUACUGGGCACUCGACAGUACUGCAUGAAGGAGGAUUUAAAAUCGUUGCCGAGAUGUCGCGUGCAGCAAACAUUCAUGUACAUAUUGGAUCGAGGCCUGAAACUGGCAUUUUAUAUCUACAUUUUUUGUACCAUCAUGAAUCAUUCAGAGGAUAUAAUUGACUCAAUGUACACCGUUAUGAUGUAUUUUGCAACUUUACUUAAUAUGUAAUACACAAAAACAAUCAAUUAUAAAAUUGGGUGGUGGUACAAUAAAUAAAUAUAGACUUAUUAUUGCAUGCAUUAAACAUGUGUGCCAAUUACUGUUGCAUAUCAUUUGAAUAUAGUGCAUAUUUUUUAUACUUUUACUAACUCUUAUCAAAUGGAACAUAGUUCGAAUUCAUGAGGAGAGCUGAUUAACGCAACGAUCUAUGAACUUGCUAAAUUUUAAUUUAGUCUAGAAAAAUGAAUGUAAAGAAAUCAUGUACUAAUUGUAAUAAAGAUAAUAUACUAUUUAACAAUAUAAGUUAAGACAUCUACAAUGCAAAUAAAUGUAAUAAAUAGA